AUGGUAUCGAAAACGAAGAAGGGAGCCGGCCGCAAGGCUACCGACCCGGCGAAUGCAGCUACCCACAACGAAGGACGAGAUGACGAGCGACCUUCCGCACCCACAGAGGAAGAUCUACCCCUCUUCUUCUACAUGCCGAACGAAAAGUAUGGCGAAUUCUGCCAGUGGUACAAAGCCAAAUUCUCCGUCUCAAAGACGCGAGUCGCCCAGCUGGUGGGCCACCUCUCAAAUACCGACGGCACCGCCUCUGAUCCCGAUUCUGAAGAGCUCAUCUGGUUCAAUUGCGCCGAGCAGUUCAUGAUGUACUGCAAGUCGGCGCGAUUUGGAGAUGUCGAGCGGCAGAGUCGAGUACUUGCGAGCGACAGUCCCAAGGAGCAGAAGGCCCUGGGGAAGGGCACCCUGGGGUUCACAGAUGAGACCUGGAACCAGGUGAAGAGGCAGGUGGUCGAGGAAGGAAAUAUGGCCAAGUUUGGGCAGAACAGGCACCUUCGUGGGAAGCUGCUGAGUACGGGGGACAGGAUGCUGUGUGAGGCGGCUGGGAGGGAUCGGGUAUGGGGGAUUGGAUAUACCGCGAAGCAUGCGAUGGGCUUCAGAGAUCACUGGGGUGAGAAUCUGCUGGGGCAGGCGUUGAUGGCUGUCCGGGGGAGAUUGAGGGAGCAAUCAUUGGGAUAUCAACCAUGGGAGGAUGGUGAAAAGGAGGGAUGA